AUUAAUAAUACCAUCUCAAAAAAUGAUAAAAAAUACUCAAACACCUCUUAAUAAAGAUGAAUAAAAAAGGCUUAAUCAAAUAGUUUAAUAAUUGAUUGAUUCUAAUGAUAGUGUAGAGUUUCGAUAGCCUGUUGAUUAUAAGCGAUUGAAUUUACCUGAUUAUAUCUAGAUAGUUAAGAGACCAAUGGACUUAGGUACAGUACAAUAGAAAUUGAAUAACAAUUUAUAUAAGACAGUCGAAGAGUGUUUAGAUGAAAUAUAAUUAAUUUGGGAUAAUUGUAAAUUGUAUAAUGGAUCAACUAGUGUAAGUAUUUUAAUUAAGAUUAAUAGUGGAUAACGAAAAUAGCAGAGAAAUUAGAAAGAUUAUUUAAGAAGUAUGUUAAAAAUUAUUUGCCUUUGGUAAACCUUCCUUAAGUGGUACCAAAAACAAAAGAGAAUCCAUCUGAGGUUUAUUAAGAAGAACCCUAAGAAUAAGUGACUUAUAAUGAUAAGGUUGAGUUUUCUAAUAAUUUGAAACAAUUAGCACCAGAGUAAAUAGGACUAAUUGUUCAUAUGAUAUAAAAUACAUCUCCUAAUGCAUUUAUAGAAAUAGAGCGGGAAAAAUAUUAAAUAAUAGUUGAUAACAUAGAAUAUGAAGCAUUUACAAAAUGCUAAAAAUAGAUACAAGCUUGGAUAACGGGUGAUGACAUAAAUAAAAAGGUUAAAAUAUGAAAUAUGAAUAUUAUUUA